ACCACAAAUAAUGGCAAUUAAGGCAAAUGAAUUCUGAUUAAUCCACCCUUUAUUCCCACCCUAAAAUAUCUCUCAUCCCCUCCCUCGCAUUUCUUAUUUUCUGUUUUCCCUAGUUAAAAUAAUUCAGAAUUCACAAGCAGAUAUCCAAUUUCUUUUCUCUUCUCUUUAUUAUUUUCUCAGACAGAUUUUAUUUCCCUUGCUGACCAUUGCCAAAAGGUUUACCAGAGCUUCAUUUCAAGAACAAAAUGGCAAAUUCAUCAUCUGGAAUGUAUGUGAACGAUGAUUGCAAGCUGAAGUUUUUGGAACUAAAAGCAAAGCGAAAUUAUCGUUUCAUCGUGUACAAGAUCGACGAGCAGACACAACAGGUGAUUGUAGACAAGUUGGGAGGUCCCCAAGAAACUUACGAAGAUUUCACCAACUCCUUGCCUGAGCAUGAAUGCCGCUAUGCUGUCUUCGACUAUGAUUUUACCACAGAUGAGAAUUGUCAGAAAAGCAAGAUUUUCUUCUUUGCAUGGUCACCUGAUGGCUCAAGGGUGAGGAGUAAGAUGCUUUAUGCAAGCUCCAAGGACAAAUUCAAGAGACAGUUGGAUGGGAUUCAAGCGGAGUUGCAGGCAACAGAUCCAAGUGAGAUGACCUUGGACAUCAUCAAAGCACGAGCUCUUUAAUUCCUUCCUAUAUAACUCAAAACUCCAUUCAAGGCAUUUCCUUUUUCAAUAAUCUCUAUUAAUUUGUGGGGUAUUUCCCGUUUUUAGUUUCUCUGUAUCUAAGCGACAUCAGAAAACUUAACAUCAUAUCCUAUAACAUCCCAAGUAAACCCUUGUAGUCUAAAGGUCGGAGUUCCUCUGUUUCUCAAUGCUAUUUCAGUAUCUGUAAUAAUUGAUUCUUAUGGUUUAGUUUUUUUCCAA